AUGAAGAAGAAAGGGUCCAGGAAGCAGGAUGUCCACUUGCUGCUUGAUCUGGAGCAAGGAUCAGCCCAUCUCCCUAGGGAAUCUCUGCGGAAUGGGGUGCACUGUGCUACUGCCCAAGAGUGGCAGCAAGAGGAGGAGGACAGCCCCAUCUUCAUCCCCUGCUCCUACACCUCCUCUCUAGACUCCAGGGGCAACUAUUUCCGAGAUCGGAAAACCAAGAUCGACUUUGUGCUUGUGUGGGAGGAGAAGCUGUGGCUCCCUGGGAGGGGUGCCCUGGCAGGGCUCACUAGGACUGAACGGCAGAGGAUCCAGCAUCACAGAUGGCGGCAGAAAUUCCAAAGGAAUCUUCAGGCAGCUGGGCUACUGCUGGAGGAGGAGGAGACUCCUGGGGAGCAGAGGGCAGUGCACUACCUGAAGCUGAGCGCCCCCUGGGAAGUGCUGAUUUACUACGCGGAGGACCUGUGCAUGCGGGCACCCCUGCAGGUCCAGCCCAACCCGGACACUGAUGGCUCAGCUGAGAUCCUGCGUCAACUCCACCUCCCCAACCCGUUCCAACAACACGUACCCAACAAGCCCCUGGACUUCUAUACCUGUGCCUUCCGAAGGUCCAAACUCAGCAAGUUUCUAGGCAGUGAUUCCCCGGAUUCCUACUUCUCCAACACCCAGAGACACCGUGUGGUGGCAGAGAUCCUGGCGCGCACAGUGUAUGGGAAGAGGAAACAUGCAGAGAUAGGCAUUGCUCGCCUGCUGGCUGAGGGGGUCUACACUGCUGCCUUCCCACUGCAUGAGGGCCCCUUUGAGCUGCCUGGGUAUCAUGUGCCUGGUGCAGACUUGAACCCUCGACAGUUGCUAUAUGCCUACUGGGCACGCUGGUGCUGUUGGCACAAAUACCAGCCUCUAGACCAUGUGCGCGAGUAUUUUGGGGAGAAGGUGGCUAUCUACUUUGCCUGGCUAGGCUUCUACACUGCCUGGCUACUGCCUGCUGCCAUUGUGGGCACUUUGGUCUUCCUCUCAGGCCUCCUCACCAUGGGCACCAAUACCCCUGCGGAGGAGAUCUGCGCCAGUGGGGGCACCUUCGUCAUGUGCCCACUCUGUGCUACUUGUGCCACCUGGAACAUCUCGGAGAUCUGCCCCAUGGCCAAGCUGGGCUACCUCUUUGACAAUCCAGGGACCGUCUUCUUCAGCAUCUUCAUGUCCUUCUGGGCCAUGGCCUUCCUGGAGCACUGGAGGCGGAAGAACGCCACACUGGCCCACCACUGGGACUGUGCAGACUUCCAGGAGGAGGAGGAACGUCCCCGCCCAGAGUUUGCAGCUAUGGCACCUCAGAUGGCUCAGAACCCUGUAACUGGACUAAAGGAGCCUUACUUCCCUCCUAGGGCCCGCCUCUCACGCAUAGUCACUGGAUCCAUGGCCAUCCUUGUCAUGCUGUGUGUGGUGAUGAUCUUCCUGGUGUCUGUCAUCAUGUACCGUGGCAUCGUCAGUAUUGUGAUGUUCCAUACAGGCAACCCUGUGCUCAUGACCCAGGCUGGCAACAUUGCCAACAUCAGCAGUACCUUCCUCAACCUGGUGCUGAUUCUCUUGAUGGGAAAAGUAUACACCUCACUAGCAGAGCAGCUCACCAAAUGGGAGAUGCACCGGACCCAGACCCUUCAUGAAGAUGCCUUCACUUUUAAAGUCUUCAUCUUCCAGUUUGUCAAUUUCUACUCCUCGCCCUUCUAUGUGGCCUUCUUCAAAGGCAGGUUCGUGGGCUACCCUGGACAAUAUGGCACACUGCUGGGCAUGAGGAACGAGGAUUGUGGACCUGGUGGCUGCCUCAUUGAAUUAGCUCAACAGUUGUUCAUCAUCAUGGUGGGCAAACAGCUGGCCAACAAUGUGGAGGAAUUUGUCUUGCCGAAGAUAAAAGCCUGGUGGCAGAAGCGGCAACUGGCGGGCCUGUGGGGAGCCCAAGUGGGGCAUGACCCCCGACGUUGGGAGGAUGACUAUGAACUCAUUGAGUGCGAAGGGCUGUUUGAGGAAUACCUGGAGAUGGUGCUGCAGUUUGGCUUCAUUACCAUCUUUGUGGCUGCCUUCCCCCUCGCACCUCUCUUUGCACUACUGAACAACUGGGUGGAGAUCCGCCUGGAUGCCCACAAGUUUGUGUGUGAGUAUCGGCGGCCUGUGGCUGAGCGGGCCCAGGGCAUCGGCGUCUGGCUGCUCAUCCUGGAGACUAUGGCCCAUCUCUCCGUCAUUAUCAAUGCCUUCCUCAUUGCUUUCACGUCGGACUUCCUGCCCCGUCUCCUAUACCAGUAUGAGCACCACGCUCAUCUGCAGGGUUAUGUCAACUUCACCCUGGCUCAGGCACCCCGAACCUACCUGGCCCAGGGAAACCACACCCCCUGCAGGUAUAAGGCCUUCCGGGAUGAAACUGGGGAUUUUACCCUCUUCUAUUGGAAACUGCUGGCUGUGAGAUUGGGUUUCAUCCUGGCAUUUGAGCAUGUUGUGUUUUUCUUCCUUCGGCUCAUAGCCUGGCUGGUGCCUGACGUGCCUGCAGACCUGGCAUUGCGGGUGAAGCGAGAGCGCUACCUGGCCAAGCAGGCGCUGGCUGACAACCAGGAUGCCCUGUUCUUGACCCCCAUGGGGAGGGAGCAUCAGGGGCCUGAUCCCAGCAUCCUCUGCCCUGGGCCCAGCUGCUUUUGCGGAAGUGCCCCCGUGUGGCCUCUUCCCUGUUGA